CCUAAAAGAGGGGUAAAAGUGGAAAAGUGUGAAGUUCUCAGCCUAGCGAAUUCAACAAACUUCUCCACCUCUCUCCUCAAAGCUAUCCCCAUUCCUGCGCUGUUACUCUCAUUCUUCUCCGAGAAAACUCAAUCCCGUAUACACAAAUCUAUACUUAUAUAUAUAAAUACAUAUACUAAUCCUGUUUUAAUCUAAGCAUUUCUGUUCGGUACCGCUUGAAUCGAAUCAGAAAACUCUGCUUCCGUUGAAUCGAAUUGUUGAAAAAAAUGGAAGAAAUUACAGCCGGAGUUACCAAUAUUAGCAUCGCCGGCGACGCUCAGAAGAAGAACAGAAUUCAGGUCUCCAACACCAAAAAGCCCCUCUUCUUCUACGUCAACCUCGCCAAGAGGUACAUGCAGCAGCACAAUGAAGUUGAGCUUUCGGCUCUUGGAAUGGCUAUUUCCACAGUUGUGAGUAUCGCUGAAAUCCUGAAGAAUAAUGGAUUUGCAGUCGAGAAGAAGAUUACGACAUCCACUGUCGAAAUAAGAGAUGAAGCAAGAGGGCGACCCAUCUCCAAAGCCAAAAUUGAGAUAGUGCUUGGGAAGACGGAGAAAUUCGAUGAAUUGAUGGCAGCUGCUGCAGAGGAGAGAGCUGGAAAUGGCGAAGAGCAAAGUUAAAGAUGUUUUGUUUUUCAUGCUCUCGUAUCUUGUUAUUUGUUUUUGUUACAUUAGAGGAUUUUGUGUUGAGGUGCACACAACACAUUCUAAGUGAUAACUUAUAGUUGUAGUCCAUGUAGGAUUCUGGUUUCAGUUGAGCCUGCCUAGCUGGCUUAUGUGAAAAUUCUCUACUCUCUUCCAAGACAAUCUUUCUUUUAUUUCAAAUUUGGUUGCAUUUCAUUU